CUCUGUGCUUCCCAGCAAACAGUCCAGUCUGUGACUCAGCAGGUGAAAGGCAUCGUGGGACAGUCUCUAACUUUUCCAGAGAGAGUGUUUAAAACUGGCUAUUUAAGGUAUGGAGAAGACACUAAUGCAUUUGUGCUCAAUGGACAAAGCCAAACAGAUCCAGAAGAGAGAUUUAAAAAUCGCCUUCACUGGGACAAUGUGACAGGAUUAUUCCGUCUGUCAGACGUACAGAUAGAGGAUGCUGGGGUUUAUUCUGUGGAGAAUAAAGAUGGAGGGAAGAGGACACUUAAAUUUAACCUCACUCUUUACUGUAAGUGUGUUUGUGUGUGUGUGUGUGUGUGGUAUAAUACAAAAACAUUAAAUAUAAGUUCCAUUCCUCCAAUUUAUUUACUUUUUGUCUUCCAGCUGUUGUUUCCAAACCUCAGGUGACAGAGUGUGACAACAGCUCCUGUAGUGUGGUGUGUUCUGUGGACAACGAAAAAGAGGUGACUUUGACCUUGUACCUGGGAGAGGAAAAACUCAACCAGACCAGCAGUCGUGAUCUUACCACCAACCUCCGUUUGGAGGUAGAGGGAAAGGACUACAACUCUGCCUACAGCUGUGUGGCUGCCAACCCUGUCAGCAACAAGACAGCGCUUGUCCCAAAAUGUUGCAGUGAAGAUGGUCAUCACAAGGAGACAGGUAAGAGUAUCAAUUCUGAAUUAAAGCCAUCAAGAAAAUAGCAACUACCAAAAUAAUUAAGUGAAACUAUUAGUUGAGUCCAUUUAAAACAUACUGCCAAAGCCUUGCGAUAUUUUACACUAAUCAUUUCCUUGUGUUUUAUUUAUUUCAGACAGUGAUGAGAUGACUCGGGGUAUGCUUAUUAUUGCUGUAAUCUGCGUUUUGGUUGUCUUGGGGCUGGUUGGACUUGCUAUCUAUCUAAAGAAGAGGGGAAAUGAACACUCACAAGGCAGGUAUUUAUCUUUUAGAGGUGUAAGUUCAGUCAAAACAUGUCAUAAUCAGCUUUUUUUUUAAUCAAGGAUUUUGGAAAAGGUAGGAACUGUUUGCUUGAAAACAGGAUGCAGGUCAAAUAAAGUGGCACACUUCCUCUGCUUGGUCAGACAGUGUUAUUAUCUCAGAGCUGUCUGAUACACUUCUCUAAAUGUUGAAAAAGCAGAAAGCACACACACAAACACACUCUGACAUUACUGUAUAGAUUGGCUUCCAUGGCGCCAAAAAGAACGCUAGCAGAGAGACAGGUACCCAUGCUAACAGUCCUGAGUGUUUGCGGAACCUGUCCUGGGGGGUGAGCAUCUGUCUGUCUCUGUCAGUUAGUCACACCCUCGCCUUGUAUUUACUUUCCUUUAUUUGUCUUCAUAGAUUCAUCCGAAAGAGUGCAAGUUGACAUUGAGUAUGCAACGAUUACUUACAAAGAACAAACUGAUAACCAGGUUAGUAAAAAUGCUACAGGCUGAUAGACAAUACACCAGCUUUUGCAGCCCUCAUGGCUACAACUGUAAGCUUUAGCACUAUGCAAGGAUCUUAUAUCUGUAGGUCUGACAGACUGAAUAAUCCUGUCACAUUGCCCCAGUGAAGGCGAUUUUUUUCAAACUUGAGUUGCACAGACCACCUGAGUUUGAUACCCGGCCUGAUGUCAUUGCAACCAGUUUUGCCCAUAUGAUAUGGUUGGGUUGCACAAUGAGAAGCCACACAGCACAUAUGGUAUAUAGUAAGGCCUUUGAUCUUCACAUUGUCUUUUAGAGCAUUUGCAAAGUCUGUGGAUAUUUGAAGUUAGGCUUCAUGAUUCCUCCUACUAGCUUUAGGAAUGAUCCUAAGUGUGACUGUUGAGUUACCGACUGCGGAACAAUGAUAGUAGACAAGAGGGCAUCAGGCGUGUUCUGUUUCCUUCCCAAAUGAUUUAAUAAAUAAUAUUUUUUCGUAUUCCUUUUGUUGCUUUCCAACCCCUUUUCUCUCCCCUCUCUCUGCCCCCUUUUCCCUGUCCCUCUCCGUCCCUUCCCUCCCCUACCUCCCUCCUCUCCCUGCCUAGGAGGAGCGAACAGGUAUACCAGAACUGGAGUCGUGUAGAGACAACCCUGAACUGACAUCAGUUUAUGAUACACUCCUGUUAUAUCGCAUGGCUGCCAGCGGGGAUGUUGAUACAGCA